AUGUUCGGACUACCUCAACAACCUCCUUCAGAAGAAGAGAAGAAAGCUCAUGAACAGCAAUCGAACCAGACUCUAAUUACUGCUGGCUAUGCAGCAGCUCUGCUCUGGGUGUCGCCCAUGGUUUGGCAUUUCAUCAGAAAACAAUGGAAAUAA